AUGCAGAACACUGAGUUGGUACAGAGUCAGAAUGACUGGGGAGUGACGUACACUUCUACUGAGAUCUGUGCCUUCAAAGGAUCAACUGUGGACAUGAGCUGCACCUACAGAUACCCAUCCAGAAUAAAUGGCAACGAUACUACAGUUGAGAAAACAUUCUGGUUUAAAGGUGAUGAAAUUGUGGAUCUGAAAACAAAGUCAGAGUAUUCAGGUCGGGUGACGUAUAUCUUUAAUGAGAACUGCUGCACUCUGAGAAUCACAGACCUGAGAGAGAGCGACUCAGCUGAGUACAAGUUCAGGUUCAUAACAAACCAACCAGGUGGGAAAUAUACUGGUUCACCUGGAGUCACUCUGUCUGUCACAGAUCUCCAGGUGCAGGUGAGCAGAUUACAGGUCUAUGAGUCUUCUAACUGGGCAGAGCUGAAGUGUCACAGCAGUUGUUCACCUGGUCAUCCUUCCUACAUCUGGUACAAGAAUGGACAGAACAUUUCAGAAGGAACAUCUUAUUCAGCCUACUUUGAUCCUGCAGACAGUUUUUCCUGUGCUGUAGGAGGAUAUGAGAAGUCCCGCUCUCCUUCAGUGUAUGCUCCAAAGCUUCCCUCUGUGUCAGUGAGUCCCUCUGCUGAGAUAGUGGAGGGCAGUUCAGUGACUCUGACCUGCAGCAGUGAUGCUAACCCAGCAGCUACUUACACCUGGUACAAGGAGAAAGGCAAUCUAAACCACCUUCAUCCUCGCAAUACAAAAACACAGCUUGUCUUCGGCUCCAUCCAGUCCUCUGACUCUGGAAAGUAUUACUGUGCAGCUGAGAACGAGCUGGGGAGGAAGAAAUCUGAAUCAGUCUUUAUUGAUGUGAAAUAUGCUCCAAAGCUUCCCUCUGUGUCAGUGAGUCCCUCUGCUGAGAUAGUGGAGGGCAGUUCAGUGACUCUGACCUGCAGCAGCGAUGCUAACCCAGCAGCUAAAUACACCUGGUACAAGGAGAAUGAAGACUCACCAAAAGCAUCAGGACAGAACUUCACCAUCACUGACUUCAGAGCUGAACACAGUGGGAAUUAUUACUGUGAAGCCCAGAACAGAAGAGGACGUCAUAACUCCACCUUACAUCUGAUUGUUGUGGCAGAUGCUCCAAAGCUUCCCUCUGUGUCAGUGAGUCCCUCUGCUGAGAUAGUGGAGGGUAGUUCAGUGACUCUGACCUGCAGCAGUGAUGCUAACCCAGCAGCUAAUUAUACCUGGUACAAGGAGAAAGACCAUGAAGAUCUCAGUAAAGAAUCACAGCUUGUCUUCAGCUCCAUCCAGUCCUCUGACUCUGGAGAGUAUUACUGUGCAGCUGAGAACCAGCUGGGGAGGAAGACAACUGAAUACAUCUUUAUUAAUGUGAAAUAUGCUCCAAAGCUUCCCUCUGUGUCAGUGAGUCCCUCUGCUGAGAUAGUGGAGGGCAGUUCAGUGACUCUGACCUGCAGCAGUGAUGCUAACCCAGCAGCUAAUUAUACCUGGUACAAGGAGAAUGAAGACUCACCAAAAGCAUCAGGACAGAACUUCACCAUCACUGACUUCAGAGCUGAACACAGUGGGAAUUAUUACUGUGAAGCCCAGAACAGAAGAGGACGUCAUAACUCCACCUUACAUCUGAUAGUUGUGGCAGAGUCACCUGAGGCCAAGUCUGAAUGA